AGUCCGAGGGUCCGCUCUGCAUGUGACAGCUGCAGAGAUGUUCGACAACUCUCACUAUCCCUUCAACUGCUUCAACUAUGACGGAGAUGGAUAUCCCUCCUGCAGCACAGACCAGGAGAAGAAAAUGUGCAGACCUGCGUACAGUUACAUCGCUCUCAUCGCCAUGGCAAUCCAGCAGAGUCCUGAGCAGCGCGUCACGCUCUCCGGCAUCUACGAAUUCAUCAUGAAGAGGUUCCCCUACUAUCGCUCCAACCAGCGGGCCUGGCAGAACUCCAUCAGACACAACCUGUCGCUCAACAGCUGCUUCAUCAAGGUUCCGAGGACAGAGGGCAAUGAAAAAGGAAAGGGAAACUUCUGGACGUUUGCCUCUGGAUGUGAGUCCAUGCUUGACCUGUUUGAAAACGGCAACUUCCGCCGUCGGAGGCGCCGCAGAAAUAUGAAGAUUGGCUUCAAAGAAUCAGCAGAGCCGCCUUUCCAUCAGGGCGAGACCCACGGCAGUAGUCACACGGCCCGACACCAGGAAUCCGACUCUUCCCUGCCCCCCUGCGAUAGGCCACGGCUGGACCCUCCGCCCUCAUCCAACCACCUACUUUCAAGCACCACGGCCGGGAAACCAGAGUCAGAGAUCAAGUUCAGCAUUGACUACAUCUUAUCUACUCCUGAUCCGCCCCACUUUGGGUUCAGAUCCACACACGGGCCGGUGCACAUCGGGCCUACCGGGCCGCCCAUACACGUCCUGGAGCCACAGCACCUGAACCUACACUUCUGGACUCUGUGAGAUGACGACUGGGAAUCAUACUGACUUGAAAUCAGAGGGAGGAGGAUCAGCAGGUAACUCUCUGAUGGGAAAGAAAAUGCAACAAUAGCAUCAUGUGUUGACUUCACAUGUGUCAUUCUACUGUAUAUAUAAAUACAAUGUCUGUAUAAAAAUCUAAGUGUGAGCACAAAAAAAUUAAAUCGUUCACUGGUAUGGGACCUGACCAUGGUUUGACUGACCCUGUAUAUGAGGAGCAUUUCCAAGUUACAGGCAAAAGCUGAGCCGCUGCUUUUGUUUGCUUCAGUCGGUGGAUGCUCACAGCAGCAGCGACAAAGAGUCAUUCUAAACAGCCAAACAGUUAUUAGUACAAACAACACAAACACAGAGCUGUUAUUUCACCGUUGGCAAAAAAAAAAAUGUAUUCUAGUGUACUGAAUAUAGUCGUUUUACACUAAAAAUGAGGUAUACUUCAA